CAUAGCUUUGCACCGGACCGGCAGCAUCAUUCUCCAACAUGUCGCUACUGAGUUUCUUCUCCAGCCAAGGCUCUGCUCCAGCAUCAGCCCCGCCGGCGCCAACCGAAACGGCACCGGUGUCAGAGGGUGUCAGCGGGCCUGGCGGGCCUAGCGGGCCCGGGGGCGGCCCCUGCGGCUCAAUGUCCUCAGCGCACUCCGGAGGCUUGGAUGACCAGGAUAGCCCACAAGCUUUGGAUCAAUGGAGGAUGAUGGUGCUGUUCUCAGAUAUGAGGACUGUGACCCCCCUGUGACCCCCCUGUGACCCAUGAUGGCUUGUUUUGUACCUGGAGCACUUGCCAAGGUGGAGAGCGGCUUCAUCACGGAGCACGUCCAGGUUCAGAUCAGCAAACUCUUGGAUUUGCGCAUGCCUCAGAUUUUCAAUCGGGUACAUCUCGGAACCUGCCGCUACGCGGUCUACAGGCCAUCGCUAUUAGGGUGGAGGCCAUUGCUGGUAGGUUGGAGGCCAUCGCUCUUAAGUUGGG